CCUGUUCCCUGUGUUCUCCUUUCAAACCCAAAACCCACCUUAAAAAAAAAAAAAAAGAGAGAGAGAACUUUCAAGUGAAGCUCCUUCGAUGGAGGGAGACGUACGAUACCCUAGAAUUGAGCUCGAAGACAUCAAACCUAAGUUUAUCCAUCCCUCGGCUCCUGAAGAAGUGGUGGAAGACACAGAAAAUAAUAACCUUGUACAAAGGGAUGGCAUCAUGCAAGAGCAGAAGUUGCCAUUGGAAAGCAAAACACCUCGAAGUAAAGGAUUCAAUGAUGCACAAGUUGUUUCAGCUGCUCACCGUCAGAACAAUGGUAAGUUAUUUUACUAUGAUACACCAGUUUCUGAAGAAACUGGGGUCUGGAUACCUGUUUCUGUCCCGGCAUUGGAAACAACUGAAUCUGAAAAGCAGAGUAGUGGAAUCUCUGACAAUGGAGGAUGUUUUCCUGAUCGAGACUUGGCUUGGGAUUGGUUUUCUGGAGAACAUAAGGAGCUGACCAUGUGGGAUGUGUUCAGUGAGAUGUUAGUUGCUGCUAGGGAAAAAGUGAGUACUAUUUCGUCAAGUGAUGCUCGUCGAUGUAGAGUUUCCUGGUUAUCAAAUCAUGUUCUUGACCAAGCUUGGAAAGAGAUGGCUGAAACUCUUUCGGAAGCUAACCUUGGUAACAUUAGGGAAAUUCUGGAAGCAGAACCACCAAAAUGGUUAUCAGACAGUGGAGCUUCUGCUUGCAUGCUAUGUAAUUUGAGAUUUCAUCCUAUUUUACGUUCCAGGCAUCACUGCCGUUUUUGUGGAGGGAUAUUCUGCAAUGGAUGCUCAAAAGGAAGGAGUUUAUUGCCUACAAAGUUCCGGACUGGCAAUCCACAACGUGUUUGUGAUGUUUGCUGUGUGAGGCUUGAACCUGUUCAGUCAUUCUUAAUGAACCAAGUCAGUCGUGCUGCUCAGAUGCCGACCCAUGAUUUGACAGAUCUCAGUACUUUGAGAUCAUGGCUUAAUUUUCCAUGGGGACAAUCCAUGGAAUAUGAGAUUUAUAAGGCUGCAAACACUAUUUCCAGUUACCAUAAGGUUGGCUCUUUGAGGCCUGAAAAGUCCAUACCAGAUGCUAUCUUAAGACAAGCAAAAGGCCUUGCAAUUCUUACUGUUGCAAAGGUUGGAGUCAUGGUGACCUAUAAUGUUGGGACAGGACUUGUUGUUGCCCGAAAAGAAGAUGGAUCAUGGUCUCCACCAUCUGCCAUCUCUACCUUUGGCAUUGGCUGGGGAGCACAGGCUGGAGGUGAAUUCACUGACUUUAUAAUUGUGCUGAGGAGUGACAGUGCAAUUAAAACAUUUAGUGGGAAUGUCCAUUUGUCUGUUGGAGCUGGUUUGAGUGCAGCUGCUGGCAUUAUUGGACGAGCUGCUGAAGCUGAUAUACGAGCUGGUGAUGGUGGUUAUGCCGCAUGCUAUACAUACAGUUGCAGUAAAGGUGCUUUUGUUGGGUUCUCACUUGAGGGAAGUAUAGUCGCUACGAGGAAACAAGAAAAUUUCAGGUUCUAUGGUAGUCUGUCUAUAGACGCAUCAGAUAUCCUUCUUGGGUCGUUGCCGCAGCCUCCUGCUGGCUCCAUUCUGUAUCAAGCCCUUUCAAAUCUAUAUAAAAAGUUUGAGAACUGACUGGUGCACAUCUCCCAAGCAAGCAUAUUAGCAGGGAAGUGGCUCAAACCCAUGUGUACAUUCUAUCAACAGGUCUUCGCCUUUACAAAAUUUUAUCCCUUUCUUCUACCAACUAAAGCAAUUGGCUUCUGGAGCAAGGUAUAAUUUGAUUGAAAAUGCUGUUGCCGACUGUACAUAACGUAGGGUAUAUGGUUUAAACAUCUUAAAAUUCUCCAUUGAAUUGCAGAAUGCUAUAGUGAUCACUCACCUCAAUUAUACUUCAUUGUAUUAUGAUUUGGGUGUCUCUGCUGCUCUGCCUCUUGAGCGAAAGAAACCUAAUUUAAAUAUUUUGACCAAUACUUGCUCCUCAAAUAUGUAAAUAGAUAUAUGUGCGGGUGUGUAUAUGUAUGUGUAAAUUUUGAGGGGCAUGUAAUUGUCAAUGGCCGGUAAUUCGCAAAUACAUGUGGUGGUGGAAUUUUAUGAACAUGUUAA